GGUGCAUGGAAGCUGCUCUUGGAAGAGGUACCGACUUGUCCAGUGAGUACAGUCCAUAUCUUCCAGUGGAUUUGCUGCAGACGCUUCUGGUUGACAUCCACGAAUACGCUGGGUGCUCUUGGUUCACGGCUAUCGUGUGUUCCUGCAUUGGAAUCCGUGCUCUGAUUCUGCCAGUGAGCAUUGCAGCUAUCCGUGGUGGGCGGGAGAAGGCCAUCUUGCAGCCCGAGUACGAAAAGCUGAUGCAGCAACAGAAGGCUGUGAAACUGGAUGGGGAUCCAGAGAAAAACAACCGAAUACAAAAGAAAAUUCAAAAUUUCACGCAGAAGCAUGGGAAAUUGUUCAUGAUGAAAGGCACUUGGAAUUUGAUUUUCGUCCAGUUGCCCCUCUACGUCACCGCUUUUGCGGCCAUGCGUGGCCUGGCCAACCACCCGGACCUGUUUCGUGGCUUUGCGAUGGAGGCACCCUUGUGGCUCGACAGUCUGGCCUUAGCGGACCCAUAUUAUGUCCUGCCAGUCCUCACCAGUGCCAUCAUGAUCACGAACCAGGAGCUCUUUGGAUCUGUAGACACGGAGGCACCAACAACAGAAUCUACAAGCGAGACGCCUGGAGGGCCGAGCACCAUGCAGAGAUACAGCAAGUAUUUCUCUCGUGGCUCUGCGCUGUUUUUCAUUCCCUUCACAGCUGGCUUUCCUUCAGGUGUUUUCAUCUUUAUGUGUACGAACAUGAUCACCGCUGCGCUGCAGAACCGAGUGCUGCGGAAUCCUGCAGUGGAACGAUGGUUGGAGAUUCCGCCUCGGAAGAGUGAAGCUGCGGCUGCAGCGGCUGCGGCCACGCCCGCUCCAACCUCGGCUCGUGUUGGUGUCGCCUUGACUAAUCUGGGCAUGACUUUGAAACGACCCAAGAAUUCCCUGCUGGGCACGCCCCAGUCCUUCCAGCCUGUGAAGCCUUCGGUGCCUUCGGUGCCUUUUGCCAAAGCCCCGCUUCCGAACGCAACUGCAGCCUUCCAGAGCGGCCAAGGCGGCCAAGGGCAGUCCAAAGCUGGAUUUGAGAGGUUGGCUGAGGUCUCUGGUGGCCGCUUUGCAGUGAAACGAAUGGAGAAACAGCUUUGAGAGC